UUCGAAUUUUCUAGUUUGACGAAGGCGGAAGCAAAAUUAGCUGUAGAAUUAUCAAGUAGUACAAAUCCAACGAAAAAAAAAUUCUAAAAAAUGUACCAAAUGUCAAGAAUUGGCCCCGGACCAGCUGGCUACGCUCUUCCUCCCACGAUUGGAUUCGACAAACACGAUGUACGAAGGGAGCGUAAACCAAUGUACUCACUGCGUAAAAGGCCGGGAACACACUAUGAUACUCUGGGUCCGGGUCCGGCAAAAUAUGAUCCAGGAAAGAUGACCAGAGAUGGAGCACCCCGUACCCCGAAAUACUCACUGGGCAAACGAUUCGGGACAUUCUCGCUGGACAAAACUCCCGGGCCAGGUGCGCACAAUAACGAUGCCGUGCCCUCUAUGAAAGGAAACCGUCCGCCGGCGUUCUCAUUCGGGAAGCGAAACACGGUUUCAAAUACCGACAAGAUCCCCGGACCUGACGUCUAUAUGUACGAUCUCAACGUCUACAAGAAUCGAAACCCGUCGUACAGUUUGAGAAACCGAACCACCCUACCGCAUGCUCAUGAGGGACCGGGACCAGCUGGUUAUGGACCCACGAGUCGAAAUAUCACCCACAAACGGAGCCCCGUAUAUUCUAUGAGAAAGACUUAUGGGGUUAUGGUGGAUAAAACUUCUAGACCAGGCCCGAACCAAUACCAACUGAUGAAUGUCAAACCGGGAGCGUCAGCACCACAGUAUUCGUUCGGAAAUAAACAUUCUAUGUGGAGACCACCGAUGAUAAUUCCCGGGGACAAUUGUUAGACAAUAAAAACGAUUUCCAAAUCA